CCCCAGGGACUCAGAGCCACAGCCAGUGACGGAGGCUAGAAGGUGAAGCAGGAACCACGUCUGGAGGAUGUGAGUGCCAGACCCAGGAAGAGACUCAGCUUCCGACCUCCUCCGGCAGGACUCUCCAAACCAGAACCGGCCAGGCUUUAGGCGCCUCCUCCCUAUGUCCCAGGGGCACCAGCCACCCUGCGCCCCUCUCCAUUGCAGCCUCCUGCUCCCCACUGUCGCCAGGACCCUCCCCUGCUCCUCGAGGAUCACCUGGCCAUCCAGCUUCCAGGAGGCUCCUGGGCCCAUUGAACAGAUAAGAAAACCACACAGCAAAUCGCUUCUCUGGCACAGUGUGAUGGCCUCCUAGCCGGCCGCCGCGGGAUGGAGGGUUUCAUGGACUCAGGGACGCAGACGGACGCCGUGGUGGUGCUGUCCUUGGCUCAGGCCGCCGUGCUGGGCCUGGUCUCGGAGAAUGAGCUCUUUGGAGCCACGAUAAGCGCUGAUGCCUUCUACCCGGACCUGGUGCCCGAGCUGUCCGGGCCAGCCCUGGGGGACCCGGGACUGCCAGGCGCCGAUGUCUACCAGCUGGCCUGCAACGGGCAGGCCCUGGAGGGGCCGGUGGAGGAGGAGGAGGUGCUGGAGGUGGAGGCCGCCUUCGAGAAGCACACCCGGCGGAAGACGCGGCCACCCGUGCGGCUGGUGCCCAAAGUCAAGUUUGAGAAGGUGGAGGAGGAGGAGCAGGAGGUGUACGAGGUGUCCGUGGCCGGAGAUAACAAGGAGGCGGGGCCCCCAGACGCCCCUGCACAGGAGGCUGCCGGUGGCGAGGCCCUAGUUCAAAGCAGCUCCGUCAAGAUGAUUGACCUCAGCGCCUUCAGUCGCAAGCCCCGGACGCUCCGGCACCUGCCCCGGACCCCGCGGCCCGAGCUGGAGGUGGCCCCCUAUGACCCUCACUUCCCUGGCCCGACCCUGGAUAGUUACCCAGAGCCCAGCGUGGUGCUGCCCGGGGCCGAGCCCAUGCCCGCUGAGUGUGGCUUCAAGCCGCCGCCCCUGAGUGACCCCGAGGCGCCCACCAUGGAGUCCCCGGAGCCCGCGAAGCCGGAGCAGGGCUUCGUGUGGCAGGAGGCGGCUGAGCUCGAGGCGGACCCGGCGGGCUCGACGGUGGAGCGCCACAAGAAGGCGCAGCUGGACCGCCUGGACAUCAACGUGCAGAUCGACGACUCCUACCUGGUGGAGGCGGGCGACCGGCAGAAGCGCUGGCAGUGCCGCAUGUGCGAGAAGUCGUACACGUCCAAGUACAACCUGGUGACGCACAUCCUGGGCCACAACGGCAUCAAGCCGCACUCGUGCCCGCACUGCGGCAAGCUCUUCAAACAGCCCAGCCACCUGCAGACGCACCUGCUGACGCACCAGGGCACGCGGCCCCACAAGUGCCAGGUGUGCCACAAGGCCUUCACGCAGACCAGCCACCUCAAGCGCCACAUGCUGCUGCACUCGGAGGUCAAGCCCUACAGCUGCCACUUCUGCGGCCGCGGCUUCGCCUACCCCAGCGAGCUCAAGGCCCACGAGGUGAAGCACGAGAGCGGCCGCUGCCACGUCUGCGUGGAGUGCGGCCUGGACUUCUCCACCCUGACCCAGCUCAAGCGCCACCUGGCCUCCCACCAGGGCCCCACCCUCUACCAGUGCCUGGAGUGCGACAAGUCCUUCCACUACCGCAGCCAGCUGCAGAACCACAUGCUGAAGCACCAGAACGUGAGGCCCUUCGUGUGCACCGAGUGCGGCAUGGAGUUCAGCCAGAUCCACCACCUCAAGCAGCACUCGCUCACCCACAAGGGCGUGAAGGAGUUCAAGUGUGAAGUCUGCGGCCGGGAGUUCACGCUGCAGGCCAACAUGAAGCGGCACAUGCUGAUCCACACCAGUGUGCGGCCCUACCAAUGCCACAUCUGCUUCAAGACCUUCGUGCAGAAGCAGACCCUCAAGACCCACAUGAUUGUACACUCGCCCGUCAAGCCAUUCAAAUGCAAGGUGUGUGGGAAGUCCUUCAACCGCAUGUACAACUUGCUGGGCCACAUGCACCUGCAUGCGGGCAGCAAGCCCUUCAAAUGCCCUUACUGCUCUAGCAAGUUUAACCUCAAGGGCAACCUGAGCCGGCACAUGAAGGUCAAGCAUGGCGUCAUGGACAUCGGCCUGGACAGCCAAGACCCCAUGAUGGAGCUGACGGGCACCGACCCCUCGUUGCUCGACAGCCAGCAGAUGGAGGACUUCCAGGAGAACGCCUACGCCUACGCAGGCGUGGACAGCAACACGGAGGCCAGCGUCCUCAGCGACCCGGCCUACUACAACGUGCUAUAGCACGUGCGGCUGCCCCUGGGGGGUGGAGGUGGGGGGCAGCCAGGCACACUGCACAACACACCUGCAGCUGAGCAACAAGCUACUACCCCACUGCCCUGUGUCCCCCCACCCCACCCCACCUCUCAAGUUGUUUGUACCACUGGGGACUUUGAGACCAAAUGGAAACUACUAGUGGCCUCCCUGUGAAGCAGGCCCAGCCUGAGGCUCCCGGGAAAGAGAGGGAGAACAGGGAGGCCCUUGGGUUGCUGCUGGGUGUGGGAGGGGAAUGCUGAUGGGGCCAUGUUGUGAAGGAUCACAAGGACACACAGCCUCUUUGGGGGUCUCCUCUCUCAGGCCCAGCAGCCAGUGCUGGCUCUUUGGGGGCCCUGGCCCCACUGACACUGGAGGAUAAGUCACUUGAGCCAUGCUUUGUUUGUCUUCAUGGCCAACUCCUGCCUCUAGGGAUGGCUGGCCUGUAUUGGCCAGCACUGACCCCAAGCCUCCUCGGCCCUUGUGCUGUGAAAGGCCCCGCCUGGGGAUCCUCUUCCCCACCCUGCCCCUGACAGCCAGGCAGGACACCCUGCCGUCUACCUCCAGGUGCCCCCACUCUCCUGAGCCAGGUGGAAGCGUGCGCUUGGCUCAGCCCCUGCCUGCAGAAAAGUGGGGUGUUGUACCCCCACCGGCAACAUCCACGCCCCCAGAGGCCUGUGCCUGCCUGCUCUGUGUGAAAGUGCUUUUCCGACCCGCCCCCGCCCCACCACAGUCUCGUUCAGCAGCUUUGAUCUCGUCUGGGUGCUGAGCUGGGGCAGCACACGGGGACCUCUGGCAUGACCAGAGCAGACAGACUGAUGGAGGCCCCUGAAGUGAGGGUGGGGCAGGACAAGA